AUAGCAUCUGAAAAUCAAGUGUAACAUUUUGCAAAGCAGUUGAAAUAAAAAUACAACAAAUUAUAAUCCUAGCGUUUCAUAAGCUAACGGGAUAAUGUUCGUUCUAUUGCGCAGGAAUGGAGUGCUGGCGGCAACGCCUAAACUCUGCAGGAUUAGCACCCGCUUGCUGUCCUCCGGCACAGCAACAGAUCGUUCGGAACAUUUUGACAUUAUCAUCGGAGGCGGUGGUUUGGUGGGCACAACAUUAGCCGCUGCUCUGGCCAAGAAUGCCACUUUUGCCACCAAGAGAGUCUUGCUGCUAGAGGGAGCUCCAGAAUUCAAGGGCUUCAAUGCGAGUGGUCCUUACCAAAAUCGUGUGUCGGCUAUCAACAAAAACUCCAUUGAGCUAUUCAAGUCCAUUGAGGUUUGGCCACUGAUUGAGGCGGCACGUUUUAAAUCCGUUAAACAGAUGCAAGUGUGGGAGUCACAUAGUGAUGCCCUCAUCCAUUUCCAAGACAAUAACUUUGCCAGUGAUGUGGCUUGCAUUAUAGAAAACGACUUGAUUCUGGAUGCGGUUUACACACGCUUGAAAGAAGCCACCAAUGUCCAGGUACUGAAUAAGGCCAGGAUUGAGAGUGUGCGGCUACCCAAAGAUGCCCAGGCCAAUACAAAUACUUCCGAGCUUAAAUUACAAGAUGGACGCUCCUUCACUUGCGACCUGCUCAUUGGUGCGGACGGAGCCAAUUCCAUAGUGCGGAAGGAAAUGGGUGUGGAUGUCUUUUCGCUUAACUAUGAGCGUAUGGGCUUAGUGGCUACAUUGGACUUAAGCGACGAUGGUGGCGAUAACUCAGUAGCCUUCCAACGUUUUCUACCCAACGGUCCAGUGGCUCUGUUACCAUUGAGUCCGAAACAGAGUUCAUUGGUAUGGAGUACAUCGGUUUCACAUGCAAAACAACUGCAAGCUCUGCCGCCAGCUGAGUUUGUGGAUGCCCUCAACGAAGCUUUUUGCAGACAGUAUCCACGUGUGGAAUUGGCCGACAAGGCUUUGCAGGCUCUAAAUGCCUUCUUUGGUCACACUUCUGCUCAGAAUCAAUUGCAGUAUCCUCCACGUGUGACUGGCGUCCAGACUGGUUCUCGGGCCACUUUUCCAUUGGGAUUUUUGCAUGCCUCUUCAUAUGUAACCAGUGGUGCCGCUUUAGUGGGUGAUGCAGCUCAUCGUGUCCAUCCGUUGGCUGGCCAAGGUGUCAAUUUGGGAUUUAGUGAUGUACGUUAUCUUGUGGAUACUCUGGCCACUGCUGCCUAUGCUGGUUUUAAGCUUGGUGACAAGCAACAUCUUCUAAAAUACGAACGACAAUGCCUGACCAAGAAUGUGCCAAUUAUGAUUGGAGUCCAUGGUCUUCAUACGCUCUACUCAACUGAGUUUAGCCCUGUGGUAUUGCUGCGAAGUCUCGGUCUGCAAUUGACCCAGAAUUUACCGCCCAUUAAGAAUAUGUUUAUGCGGGGAGCUAUGGGUUAACCGAAAUGAUAUAUCUAAUAUAUACAUCAUCAUAGCUAUUGGGGAUUUUAAGGUUUAAAGUUGACUGUUUUAUAAUAAAUUUAUAAUCACAAGAAAAA